AUGACAGAUAUUAUGGGAACACAAGUCGCUUCGAGGACAAGACCGGUCUAUCAAGAUGGGCAACUGCUUCGAUACUUCCUAGGUCUUCCGGACAUUCGGCCUUUAGUACUAUCCAAAGAAUGCCGAGAAUUUCCGAAUAUAUUAGUGAAAGAUGUUGUAUUCCUUUCACUCGACACCGAAAAUAUCACAGCAGGUCAAAUACCUCUUGUCGAUCAAUUUCAGGUCGGAAUUUCAGUUUUAGAUUCCAGGGAUCUACAAAGUCUUAUACAUUCUCGGCCUCUGGUGUCUAUGCGCGAAGACAAUCUUCUUCGAACUCAAAACUUUUGUGUCGGCCCCACCGGAUACUGCUCAAAAGCCGCGAGAAGAUUUUUAUUUGGUCAAUCAGAAAGCAUUCAUGCACAUCAAAUAAAGGAAAAGAUCGAGAGCUUGGUCGCUGACCGAGAUGUGGUUCUUGUGGUUUAUGAUGGCUACAACGAUUUGUGGCUUUUAGACGAGCUCAAAGUCAAAUUGGAACCGGUUGCUGUACUGGACCCGCAAAAGGCUGCUCAUGAUGUGCUCCAAUCGCAGUAUCAAAGAAGCCUAAACGACCUCUUGAUAGAAUUGGAUUGCCAUUUUAAUUUCUUGCACGUGGCAGGAAACGACGCGAAUUUUACCCUUCGGGCUCUCUUGAUGAUCGCGGUAAAAGGUUCUCACGGAAUAAGUCUCAAUGAUUCACAAAAGGACCACGUCGCGGAGGAGAGAAGAAAAUAUAUCGCCGAACGCGAGGAGAUCAAUCGUCGGAAAAAGGAGGCGAAAAAGACCAAGAAAGCAGCACGGAAGGCGAAAUUGGCAGCAGAAGGUCAUUGGUCCUCAACCAAGACCGGACGCCGAGAGUUUUGGGCGAAACCAGAGAAUGCACGCAAAAUCCCUACGGUAGCAAGGGACCGGACAAAAACUGGAUAA